AUGACCAGCAGGCCGUUGAGCCGAUUAAGAUCCUCGGCUUCUUGUGCCAGGAGUCGGCAAUUUUCCAGGUCGUUUUGGGUGCAGUCGGCUCAACGGGUGAUCGUGCGAGCAGCAUGGAAUGGCGGAUUGAGAACGAACCAGACGGUAUAUCGACCGUUCCCAUCGGCGGCGAGGGCUCUGGCGACCGUUUCGGACCGUCCGAUAGGCGGCUUGGGUCCGUUGGAGGAAUAUGACAGACGGGUGGAUGCUGGCAUUUUGCGGAACGACGAGCAUCAAAGAGGCAUCAUCGAGAGCUUGCAGCAUCUUCACAAUGAGCUCCGCAACUAUCACGCACCGCCCGUCGUCCACCCGAGCCUUGAUCUCCUCAAGCCGGCGAAGAAGUCUGUCUUCUCAUCACUCUUUGGUAACGGAGGCGCCGCAAAGGCUACGAUAAAAGACAUCCCGGAGAAUCUACCCCGAGGGCUGUACCUGUUUGGCGACGUGGGCAGCGGCAAGACAAUGCUCAUGGACCUAUUCUACGACACUCUGCCCCCCUCGGUGAAGACUAAGACGAGGAUACACUUUCACAACUUCAUGCAGGAUGUUCACAAACGGCUACACAAAUUAAAGAUACAGCAUGGCAGCGAUGUUGAUGCUGUGCCGUUUGUCGCGGCGGAUAUUGCAGAGCAGGGCAAUGUGCUUUGUUUUGACGAGUUCCAAUGUACCGACGUGGCGGACGCUAUGAUUCUACGGAGGCUGCUAGAAUGUCUCAUGUCUCACGGCGUGGUCCUGGUAACGACAUCGAACCGUCACCCAGACGACUUAUACAAAAACGGAAUCCAGCGAGAGUCAUUUAUCCCAGCAAUCAAGCUGCUCAAGAACCGUCUACAUGUCAUCAACCUCGACUCACCAACAGACUAUCGCAAGAUCCCUCGACCGCCGUCGGGUGUCUAUCACACCGCGCUAGAUCAGCACGCCGAGUCUCACGCCGAGAAAUGGUUCCGCUUCCUGGGCGACUCGGAGAACUUUGCGCCGCGAUCCGAGACACAGAAAGUCUGGGGACGAGAAAUCUUUGUCCCGCGCGUCAGCGGGCGGUGCGCGUGGUUCACAUUCGACGAGCUCAUCAAGAAGCCCAAGUCGGCGGCCGACUACCUCGAGCUGGUGCGCAAGUACGACGCCUUCAUCGUGACGGAAGUGCCUGGCAUGACGAUUCGCGAACGAGAUCUCGCCCGCCGCUUCAUUACCUUUAUUGAUGCCGUCUACGAGGGCAACGCCAAGCUCGUCCUUACGACAGAGAAGCCGCUUGGCGAACUGUUUGUCUCGCGCGACGAGGUUGCCGAGACGCUGCUCCAGGCAAACCCGUCCCACGCGGCACCCACUAAGGACACCACGCAGAGCGUGAUGGAGAAUCUAGGGGAGAGCGUCGAGAAGCUCAAGAAUUCCAAUCUCUUUGCCGGCGAGGAAGAGGCUUUUGCGUUUGCCAGAGCGCUGAGUCGGCUGAGUCACAUGGAGAGCAAGGAGUGGGUCGAGAAAGGCCUUGGGCUGGAGAACAAGGGCGGUAAGGAAGAUAAAGAUAGCUGGACGAAGACGAGAAGUCGACAGAUGGAGGACUCGAUGUGA